AUGGCGAACUACUUUGAGAGUCAAUCGGUUCUGCAGUCGCGAUUGAGUGUCGUGGGUUUCGCGGAAGAUGACGUUCAGAAAAUCCUGCCAGAGGUGGGAAACUUGAGGAGGCUGGCAUUCAUUUCUUCUUUCACACCUGGUCAGACUGACGAGGGGCCGUUGAUGCAGGUGUUGAAAGACAUUUUGAAGCGAGACCUGACAAUUGCAGACAAGGCUAAUUGGCGUGCGGUUUACAAUGAAGCUUUUGCCAUGGUGACCGCGGAAAUGAAGCAGAGGAUUGAGAAGGCCGACCCAGAGUCGACCGUCAGGCCUUUGUCUCAGCCUGAGAGGUCGGAGCGGUACGAGCGGCAGGCCAAGAAGCUUGUCGGGAUAUCACUUAAAGGGCCUCUGGAGCCUGCCGAUGCACUUGUUGAUCUUGCUGUGGCUUCCUAUGAGGCAAAUGAGCUGAGGUACAUUCCGUGGGACCGGUGUGUGUCCAAGGAAGCUGAAUUGGCUGGCGAGAAGAAACGUGAUGUCAGGUUCACUGUUGAGGAGUCUUCGGGAAAGCUUCGGAUCGAGCAUAAACAGCCUGAUCUGGUUGCGGAUACCUCAUCGGAGAUUCUUGUUCAGCAGGCUCUCACCAGGAGAGCUUUGGCCAUGGAUCAGGCGAACCUGAUCGAGUUCAGUGUUGCUGAUCAGAGGACUCAACGCUUGAUGAAGGCUCGCAUGCAAUCGCCUGCGGAGCAUUUUGCCAGGCCCACUUGGAAGCAGCUUGAGUCGGCGGACCGGCAGCUGUUUGCCGAGCUACGUGACAAGACCAGGGCAGGUGUGCAGACUGUCGCAUCGGGUCGCCCGUUGGACUCUCUCCUGCCCGAUGCGAUGUACAUGAACGAGGUGUCAUGCCUACUGCAGCCUUUUCCAGCCCCUUCCAUGAAGGACGCUCCCCAGAAGCCGGAUGCUCCCAAGUGGGAGAGGCCUUCUCCUUACACCAAAGGUGGGGGCAAAGGAAAGAAAGGUAAGCAGAGGUUCAUGACAAGGUUGCCCGCUGGCUUGGAAGGUUGCAGGUCCCACACUAAUCGAGGGGGCCCAAUAUGCUUUGCCUUCAACCUGGGUGGCUGCUCGACGAAGGGGCAGAAGUGCGAGAAAGGCUUGCACAUCUGUGCAGGUGCCUCGCUGAUGGCCGGUGCUCCAGAGAGUGUGCGUCAGCCGGCAGCGGAGGCCUCGCAGGUGGAUGAUCUCCUAGCGGGAGUUCAUCGGCCGAAAGAUGCAUGCACGGGUGGCUGUCCAACGAAAGGUGUGGAUUGUCGCCCAACUCCGAGUGUUGAUCGAGAGGAUCAUCACGAUCACAACGUUGGCUCGUACAGUGCCAUCGCUAGGCCCUCGCCGAGUGUGGUGGAGGCCGCACGCAGCAGGUCCCCAAAGCACCGUGAUGGGGCGGGGCCACAGAGCGGCAAAGCGAGUUCUUCACUUGACGAGGGUCAUGUGAGUGCUGCUGAUGUCCUUCGAGUCUUCGAUGGUCUUCCUUCAGAUGAUUUGAAAAGGGGUGCCACUGCUCCUCUCCCAACUUCAAAGUCUUAUGCCACAGGAGCGUAUGUUCUUGGGGGCAAUGUUGGCUUGAAGGCUAAUGCUUCAACCAGCCCAGAAGCGCUCGACGUCUUUGCAAGGUUUGUGAGGCAGAGCGUUCCGGGGUUCAAAUUUUCUUCAAUAAAUAUAUUCGAGGAAGUUCGCACUGAGCGCCACCGCGAUCAGUGGAAUGCAAAUUUGCAUAACCUGGCGAUUGCCCUGACAGAAUUUUCAGGUGGCGCCAUCUUUGUGGAGCACGAAGAUGGCCGGGAUGUUUCGUCCCUCAACGGUGCCCAGGGUUCUCGCCUGGCUGUUGCAGCGGGCCCCGUGCGAUUCAAUGCAAGACAUUAUUGGCACUACACUGAGGCUUGGCAAGGCCGGAGGGUCGUGCUGAUAGCAUACACAAUCCGUCAUGUUGAAUCGCUGGGCAAGGAACAUCUUGAUUUUCUCCGGAGGUGCAAUGUUGAUGUUCCGACGCGCGCGCGCCUGAGAGCGCGCGCCUAG